CCGCUCUCCGGCACUCACUCAAUCACCCAAGCCGAAAGCCGAAAGCCGCUCCGGCGAAGCAGUGCGCACCUAACAACUCAUCCUCGGCGAGUUGGGGGGCCACACUUUGGACCAGAGCAACACGAGACAUCCACCGGAGAAACAAAGAGACAAGAUGUCGACCUACGUGUCCUCUGAGAGCCGCCGGGUCAGCCCUUCUGUCCACGGCAACAAGUUUGACACGGCGCACCGCAAGAAGGCCGUGGCCAACAUCUUCGAGAACGUCAACCAGGACGCGCUGAUGAGACUCUUCCAGAAAACGGGAGACAUGAAGGCGGAGGAGAGGGUGAGGAGCAUCUUCUCCUACACCCAGGACCCGGAGGAGACGGCCCGGGCUCUGAUGGCUCUGAAGCAGCGAAAGAAGGACAAGUUCCUCCAGAUCGCGGGCAUGGUGCGACAGCUGCUCAACCUGCGAUGACUGCGUUUCACCAGUCUUUAACUGCCUUUGUCUCUCUGUCGGCUCGUGUGUGAGCCGACUGUGAAAACACUCCCAAUGCUGGGUUACAGCCGCAGGUGCGGCUCACCUAUCGCCUGGAAGGGCGCGUCAGGCGCGGAGAGUGUGCAGCCAGCCGCCCGGAGGGCAUCGUGAAGCAGCUGUGGCCUCGUGGACGGAGGUGACAGCGGAGAGUCCUCCCUGGAGCGGAUGGAGCGAGAUGAACUGACUGGGAAUACAAUGGGCAUUCACGUCUUCCUUGAGACUUGAAUUGAUAAAGCGUUCCUGUGGAUGCUGUGAUGACUGUGAAGCAGUAGCUCGUGCGGCUACACAUCACUGUGUUGAUGCUCGUGCACAGCUGCGAUAUGAGACUUUUUAGUGCCGAAGAAUCUGCCUACAUGAAUGCCUGUCCUGAACACAUGCCUUGUCUCUCAGCUUCUCUUUGUUAUAUGAACACUGUUCAUUAGUGGCCACUAAUGUGUUACUGUCACAAAAAUGAUUUACAUUUAUAAUGUUCCUGUCUUUGUCAUUUUUAAUAAAUUAUUGAAUUGUAUACAAAA